AUGAACAAGGGCUGGGGUGUCUCGGCCAGUGGGAAAGGGAGAGGAUCACCGUGGCUCCAGUCCAAAUACGACCCUCAGAAGGAGGCUGAGCUCCGAAGCUGGAUUGAGGGACUCACUGGCCUCUCCAUCGGCCCCGACUUCCAGAAGGGUCUGAAGGAUGGGAUUAUCUUGUGCACACUCAUGAACAAGCUGCAGCCGGGCUCCGUCCCCAAGAUCAACCGGUCCAUGCAGAACUGGCACCAGCUGGAAAACCUCUCCAACUUCAUCAAGGCCAUGGUCAGCUAUGGCAUGAACCCCGUGGACCUGUUCGAGGCCAACGACCUGUUUGAGAGUGGGAACAUGACGCAGGUGCAGGUGUCUCUCCUGGCUCUGGCGGGGAAGGUGGGCAUGACGGCUCCGGGCACCCGGCGGCACAUCUACGACACCAAGCUGGGCACGGACAAGUGUGACAACUCCUCCAUGUCCCUGCAGAUGGGCUACACACAGGGCGCCAGCCAGAGCGGCCAGGUCUUUGGCCUGGGCCGACAGAUCUACGACCCCAAGUACUGCCCGCAGGGCCUGGCAGCUGACGGGGUCCCCUUGGGAGCCGGCGACUGCCCCGGCCUGGGGGAC